AUGAACGCGAGUACUAUCCCUUCAUUUAUUACCGACCACCCCAUCCACUCUACCCCGGACUCGCCGUCCGCUUCUAGGUACCCUGUACUACCUCAGAUUCAGUACCUGCACUCGCCGCUGACCAAAGCUCUGGCUCGCCCAGGCGGGGGGCCCGUCAAGCAGACCAUGGCGUAUGCUAUGGCGGGCGGCCGCUUCGACUCCAGCACGUCGAGCGACGAUGAUGAGAAUGUGGACCGCAGCAACAGCUUCGCGCCCAGCAGCGGCCCUGCGUUCUCACCUCUCCGGAGCACCGAGGACGGAGAAGUCGAAGCGCCGGACUGUUAUCGCACCAUUCGUGGCCCGAGCGGCACCUUCUGCAAGUAUCACAAGCAAAGUCGCUUCUGUCGUGCCGAGGGCUGCUCCAAGAGCGCCAAGACGGGAGGCUUCUGCAUCUCGCACGGAGGUGGAAAACGCUGUGCGCACCCUGACUGCAACAAGAGCGCCAAGCAAGGUGGUCUCUGCAUUUCGCACGGCGGUGGGAAGCGAUGCAGCGAGGUUGGUUGCACAAAGUCGGCGCUCGUGGGUGGCUUCUGCUCAGCCCACGGUGGCGGCCGCAAGUGCAAAAUGCCUGAAUGCACCAAGACAGCGCUUCUGGGAGGGCUGUGCAUUGCGCACGGCGGGGGAAAGCGCUGUCAGAUUGAAGGUUGCUCCAAGAGUGCUGUGGGAGGCACGCUGUGCGUCUCACACGGCGGUGGGAAGCGCUGCCAGGCUGAAGGAUGCAACAAAGGUGCCGUUCGGAAUGGUGUGUGUAUUCGCCACGGAGCGAAGCGCGAGCAGCCGUCGAUGGCACCCUAA